CCUGAACUUGACCCUCUGCUCCUCUGGUUUUUUGGCCAGGCUUCUAGCAUCCUUUCAGUCUCUGAGCCCCGGGUUCACACAGCUCACAUGAUACUUCCAGUAUUCUCCAGCUUAGAUUUUUUCCUUAUAGUAAAAUUUUUCAAAUUAGUGCCACGAGGUUCUGCUAAUAUAUCUUCCUGCUCAUGGCUUUUCCCUUGCCCUCCACUCAUCUGUGGUUAAGUGUGAAUGAUCCAAAUGUUAGCUGAAAUGUAUCAUAAUUUGUCUUAAUAAUGGGAUUUAUCUCGUUCCACAGUCAUGAUGACUUUAUCCCCUGCUAAUGACACUUAAUGACCAAAUGGCCUUUUGUUUAUAAUUUAGGCAGGAUUUACAAAGUAAUUCAGGUAUGUAAAUGUUUUGUUUUUUAAAAAUUCUAGCUUCUAGUUUUCCAUAACUGUUGCCAGUUCCUUUAGAGGAGAGGUUACAGUGAAUCACAGCUGGCAUCCCUCUAGUCCAACAUCACACCACUGUAUACUUGGGAAAAAUCCAUUUAGAUGAGCAAGCAUUUGCCUUAGUUGUUAAUUUAGCUGCUAAGUAAUCGGGGAGUUAUCUGCUGACUUGAUGUAUCUUGCUACAGAGCAGUGCUGCUCUGUCUCCAGAAGCAUUUGGUUGGAAGUGGCAGGGAAGGAAUGGAAAGAACUUUGGGCCUGAGCCUGAGGAAAGUGAAGGCAAACUCUCUGUUUGAACAGCUGAAGUCCACGUUUUCAGUGGCAGGGUAACAGACCCAUGGGACUUGCCAAAAGGUGUGGAUUCAGGAAGCUUGCACAGAUCCAAGUGGAGACUGAGCAGGUAUAGCAAAUCCUUGACUGAAAAUACGUCAGAAACUGGAAAAGUAUCAGAGAAUGUAUCUUGUACCCUUUGUCAUCUCUUCAUCCCUAAGCACCAGCCUGGCAGAAGCUCCGUGGCCACUAAUUCCAUAAGCUCAAACGUAUUUGCAGUGGUUAUUGGAAUGGUCCUCAGCCUGCAGUGGAAAGGCUGCCAGGCUACAGAAGCUUCUUCCUCAACCUGUGCCUUCCGUCUGAGGGCAGAGUGUAAAACCCUGGAGUUCUGAGGUCAGUGCUGGACUGCUCUUGUCUGCAAAUCACCUGUCUGCAGUCACAGCGCUGCAUUAUUCACCUUUUAACCAUGAUCUUAUAGUUACCAUGCUGUAAUCUGUAACUUACCUGUCUUGUGUACCUGAUAAUCUGUGAGAACUGACACUAAAAACUUACGUGAACGUCCUGCAUCACGUUAUGGAAGGAGAAGGUAGUGUAAGUGUGAGCCUACGCUUGUCACUCUCUACUCACCAUGCAAAAUUCUGUAUGAAGAGUUCUUGUUCCAGUACACUCCUGCCCCCUUUUCUGUCCUGAGCUGGAGCAUCUCCCCUUCUGAUGCAGCAGGCUUCUCCAGAUAUUUAGAUGGAAAAACCCCAAACACACUGCCGUUCUUGGGGCUGCUGUGCGAGCCUCAUUCCUCCCAGCAGGCUGCAGAAGCUCGGCCGGGUCUUGCUCAGCUUCCCUUUCAUGACGCACUCUAUGCUGGAGCUGGGCCAGCGACACCAUCUCUUAAUUGCCAGGACAGCGGCUUCACCGGAGCCAGCAGACACACUGCGGAGCCGGGACUUCGGCAGCGCCAGCCGGGCUGCGCUCCAAGAGGAAAACCGAACGGGGCAGGGCGCGGAGCGCUGAUUGGCUGAGGAGGAGCCCAGGGGCGGUGCCGAGCUGCGGCUCUCAGCGGAGCAACUUUUGAUUGGCUGCUGGCUCCGUGGGCGGGGCCCCGCCGUUAUAAGUGCGGGUCCGGGGUGCGGGCUGUCGGUGCGGAGCUCGGUGCUCGGUGUCCCGCGCGUGCCUCCGGCCCGGCCAUGUCUGACCCAGCUCAGCAGCCUGCUCCCGGCGCUCCCGAAGGAGGGGCUCCCGAAGGAGGCGCUCCCGAAGGGGCAGCCCCCGGUGGGGGUCCCCCCGGGGCUCCCCCGAACCUGACGAGCAAUCGGCGGCUGCAGCAGACGCAGGCCCAGGUGCAGGAGGUGGUUGAUAUAAUGUGUGUGAACGUGGACAAGGUGCUGCAGCGGGACGAGAAGCUGUCGGAGCUGGAUGACCGGGCGGACGCGCUGCAGGCCGGCGCCUCGGUGUUCGAGAGCAGCGCGGCCAAACUCAAAAGGAAGUACUGGUGGAAGAACUGCAAGAUGAUGAUCAUGAUGGGAGUGAUUGGUGCCCUUGUGGUGGUGGUGAUUGCAAGUAAGUACCAAAAACCUCAGGCUCCAAGGUGAGGAAACACCAGUUCUAGAGCACUUUAAACUUUUCCUUUUUGUUUUGAGAUCUUGAGGGUCUUAGUUGCAUAAGUGUCAAUUCCAGUCUUUGGGAAAGGGAGGUAGAAGUGCUGGAAAUGAUAUGCUUUACCUAGUAAUAUGAGGAAUGGGGAAUGCCAUCAUUGUAGAAAUGGGAAAUUCUGCCUGCCAGGUCAGACAAAGCUGUAAGUAUGAGGGGCGUUUACCCUGGCAUGGGUGGGUUGGCAAGUUCCUUCCCUGGUGGGUGGUUUGGAGUUCUCUGAGGGACCUUUGGUGUAACUUGCCCUUUUGUUCUUUCCUUUUUUCUUUUUUCCAUUGCUUUGUCUCCAGUCUACUUUUUUACUUAAAUGUAGCUCCUUCAGUCUGCAACCUCCUGUCCCCUGUUACCUUGCCUGUCUCUUCUUGCCUCUGAAUUUUUCCUUUCCUUCCCUUUCACCUAGCUUCUUCAUUAAUUUCCCUAUUGAUUUCAAUUUAUCUCCUGUAUAGGACUCUGAGCUGCUUACUAAACAUAGGUAGAUUUUUCAAUAGCUGCUGCAGCUUUAGGGAGCAUCCUCUAAGUUUAGAGGAAAGGGAAGUUGAGGAAGAGUGGGUAGCUAUUUGCUCCUACUCUUCUGCAGUGAACUUUUUGUGUUUAUUUUUGGGUGUAAGCUUGUCAAAUAGUGCCUGUGUGAACUCUAGCAAAAUAAGAAUGCCUUAACACAGUGCCUUUUGGGAUGAAGGACUUCAGCAUGUGAGAGCCUUUAGUGUUCUGCCUAAAAAGAGUGGCAGCAUGACUUGAGCUUUUCAUCGAGCUUCUGAAAUAAAAGCUGGUUUGUGUUGGCCAGUGGCUGUGAGCCAUCUAAGCUAGACGUAGUGAUGUAGGUUUCUCUAGCCAUGGAGAGGUGAGCACUUGAAGAAAUGAUUUUUUUCUGCCUGUCCUUAUUUCCAGAUGACUUGCUGCCUGAACAUGGCCAUUUCAGUUUUUACAAAGGAGGGCCUACAUGAUUACCUCAGUCAAGUGCAACAGGCUAAACACAGUUAAGUGAAAGGGGCAUUGCUGCUAUCUAAAAGGAUGUGUGUGAGUCAAGCCUCUCUCCACAAGGAACAAAAUGAAUGACAAUUAGUCUGGUGGGGAGUGUCAAAUAUGCCUUUCAUCUAUGCACACACAAGCCAGGACCCUGUAGCUUCCUACUGUCUUGUAGCUUUCCAGAAGGAAGACUUUGGAGUCGUGGCAGACUGGGAAUUGGUGUUUUGCUUUUGUGUGACUGGGUUGAACGUCGAGAAGCUCACUGCCAUAGCAGAUAGAGGUGAAGGGGCUGGAGGUAUUCCAGAUGAGGCUGAACGAGCUGCACAGCUUUCUGAUGAAGAAUAUCUGCUCUGUUUUUGCUGACACAAAGCCCUGACUUUCAGUAGGAGUUGGAAAACACUUGAAAUGGUUAGCUGGGGAUUCAAUGGGGAAUGAUACUCUGGGCAUGGAUAUUGGAAAGUGACAUCAGAUUUUCCAGUUUGCCAACUUAUGCCCCUAGAGAUCUUGUUGAUCGAAUUGAAUCCUCCUACUUGCUGUGGGUUCUCUUGAAUUUAGGUCCAGGGUGGUCUCUGAUGGAAGUAAACCUGUGUCUGUGGCUUUCUGUGAGCAAUUCCCUUGUUCUUCUCCAUCAAAAGUAACAGGAGCUGUGAGUUGUUUGAAUGUGUUGUCAGACGUGGGUUAAAUGAGCUGCCCUGUUUCUGUGGAGUUCUGAGGAAUGUGUAUCUUGUCUUUUAACUUUUUGUAACAAGCUGAGCUGUAGCCUGUAAUCUAGACUGGAAAGAGGGUACUCCUUUAAUUUGGAAAGCUCUGCCUCUGUUCUGGAAUGCACUGGGAUCUGUUUUGGCCUAAGAGGAGGCAGGGAGGACGUCACUGGAGUUCCCAGAUAGGAGCGAAGUACAAAAGAUGGCAGGAGCAGGUGCUUUUUGUUUCACUGGCUGUGCUGGGGAAGCCCCUUUCUGCCUCCCAGGACACCUGGCAAGGGGCUAGGUUUUGCAUGCUCACUUCCAUGCCCCCAGCAUUUUCAUUUGAGUUCAUCUCCCUGCAAUUCCAUUCCUCUCCGCCUUGGGGGAGGGCAGAGAUGAAGAUCUGGAGUGGAGCAGCCCUCGUCCCCUGAGCAUUCCCUAAUUCCCUGUGGAACUGAGAUGGGAUGGACCGUCAGAAGUGCAUCUGCUGAAGAGGAGCCAGGGCCUGCUUGUGCCUGCUACUGCUCUCAUUUUAGGGGGUAGGCUUUUACAAGCUCGAGGCCCCCAGACCAGCAAUUCUCUCGAACUCUUCUAAACAAGCCUUUGGUGUCCCAUUCCUCCUGUCUCUCUGGGAGCUGAGGUCCCCCUAGGCUGUCUCUUUCAUUUCUUUCUCUUUGCUGUUGUAUGUUGCCUCCUCCUCUGCUCCCUUUCCCCUCCUUUGUGUCUCUGUGCAUGGGCAAAACAAAUCACCAAGGCCCUCUUAGUAAAAGCAAGGGACUCUGCUGCCCACGGCAUCACAGCCACUCAUGCACGUGCAGUUUGUUUACUUCCUCUAUAAACACAACUGUAAUCUCCUCUGGCAUGUUCUAGAAAUCAGCUCAUGUACUUUUAAUGGUCUCUAAGAAACACAAUUCACCACCU